GAAAAUUUUUCCCACAUCUGUCAACGGUUUCCUCUUAUACGUUUAACGAAAAUAAACGUGUCGCAAAAAAAAAAGUAAUUUUCAUACUUUUACGGAAGCAAGGUUAGUUAGUAUUAUUGCUGAGGGAAGGUGGUUUAGGUACUCAUGACUUCCUUAUAGUUAUACGGGAGGAAAUGUUAUGGAAAUUCUGUAGCGUAUCGUGUAUUUUACUAGCAAUAGCAAUAAAAAAUGAUCUCUAUACUAAGUCUAGGAUGAACGAAUAUCUACCAAAUGGCACGAAAUUGAUCCAUUUGAAUUACGAGGAAGUGGAAGUUGGCAAAACAGCAGUAAAAACGAUAGAGAUAUGGAACGAAUCCUGCAAGGAACAAAUGUACCAGGUUCAAAGAGACCCCACCACGAAUCCUCUGGAUCACGUUUUCCAUUUACGUUCUUAUACUUGGAUUUUGGCGCCCAAAGAAAAAUAUUUAUGCGAAAUACGUUACCGACCGUUCGUCGUAUCUUCAAAAAAUGUGGACUAUUUGACCAUUAUCGACUCGAUUGGGACGCGUUUAAAAAUCGUUACCCGCGGAUCUUGCAUCGGUCCGGAAGUGACUUGCUCGACAACAAAAAUCGUGAUGAUUUCCACAAACGACAACCCCGAACCAAAAUGGCGAAUUAAACUUAGAAACAAUUCUAAAGUAGCAGCGAUUUUUAUGUUCGCCGUGGACGAAAAGUAUCGGACGAUUCAAUUGGAUAUGAAACACGGUUGCAUCGAUCCUUGCUCGUACAAAUAUGUUACGAUUACAUUCACGCCAUCGGAAGAUGGAAGUCACGCUUAUCGUUUGGCUCUUUUGAUAUUGCAUCAAGAACCAAUCGUUAUAGAAUUAUAUGGGUACCGUAACUCGUCCAAGAAUAAAGUGGACGCAAGUGACUUUACCUAUUCGCAAACAGAGAAAAACGGGUUCGAAGGAUAUAUGAGCGAUAGCGUAAACGCUACAGGAGUCUUGCCUUUGAUAUCUCUGUCGAGGAAUUAUUUUAAUUUCGGUCAGACGAACGUAGAAAUGGAGGAUGACGUUCAGAGAAUCCCACAUGCGAUAUGCCUCACCAAUCACGGUCCAUCCGAUCUAUGGAUCGCGUGGGAAAAAGAUGCAAUCUUCAGCGUGACACCUUGCGAGAUGCAAGUACGAGCAAAUCGCUCGGCGCUUUUUGAACUUUCGUUCAACCCCAACGCGACGAACAACCUCUUUGGACGAGAGAUCGUCGCCUCUGCUUUCUCAGAAUUCAAGGGAAGAUCGAGGUUUCCAUUUAUCACGACGGUCAGAGCGAUAGGUCACUCGUUCCCUGUUGGGUCGAACGGAUGGAUUCCGCAAUACAAAAUACCUGAAACUGUAAUAAUGCCGCCGUGUGUCCCACCGUUUCCUGUUUACACGACGUUCAUGAUCAAAAAGUUCGGUCAUUUACCCCUCAUGUUUCAUUUUGUCCCACCACCAGAGAGUCAUUUCACCGUGAAGCCUAUGCUUGGUGUAAUCCACCAAGACUACCAGAUAAUUGCUGUACAAAUGUUACCAAAACCCGAAGACGAACAAAUUUACAUAGAACGAUGGACAAUAUACUUUAACGGGGACACGAGAAACGAAUCUUGUAUAGAUAUGAAAGGAUACGCAGAGUACGCGAAUGUUCAGUUUUUCGGUAAGAACGAAUUAAACUUCGCACCGGUUAUACCGCGUUGUCAGCAGUUCGAAACGCUUGGAAUGCGAAAUAUUACUCGCCACACGUUAAAGUACACAUUUUAUCAAACGCCACCCGAACUCACAAUGCAAUAUGAAAGUGGAAACCUUGAUCCCAAUGAUACUCUGUUCCAAGAGUGUAUUUUUCAACCAACCGAGUUGAACGUGGAGUACGAUUUCGAAAUAAAGUGCGUGUUAAUCGUAAUUAAAAAUGGAAUUGGUGUUGGGGCGAAGAGCUGCCUAACCGUGCGAGUUCGAGGAAAUAGCAAAAUGGGAUCGUUACAGGCGAUUCCGAACGAAUUAAACUUUAGAGAAGUGGAGUACAACGCUACCAGAACGCUGAGCUUCGGCCUUUUCAAUCGCAGCCCUGUAAACAUUUGCUAUAAAUUAAUUUGUACCCAUCGUAACUGGCCACUGGGAGACAUCGAAACGGACGUACAAUUACGUCCAACUUCGGGAACAAUUUUCUCAGGUUCUCACGAACAAAUCGUAAUUUCGAUUACUCCGCGUACGCCAGGCUAUUACGAAUUGGCUGUUCAAUACCUCGUAAGAGUUAACUCGAGAUCAGAUAUCUUAUUAACCGAACAAAACCCUACCAGAGUUUCUACCGCGAUUUGCAUGUGCAUAUUACCCAUUUUAAAGGUGGAGAAUAUGUGCGCGUUCGGAUGCGAGCAAAAAUAUUCGUUGAACAUAAGCAAACCAUUUCUAUGGAAAUCUAUGCAAGUCGAGAAAUUAAAUGAAAUUCUGAAGAGUAUACUACCGGGAGAAAGGAAAACACUGGCCAUCAAAUUUUUCCCGAUGGUCGUAAACGAAGGAGCAUUUCAUAUUAAGUUGAUAAUGAUGAAUUCUUCAACGUUAUCCGUUACGUGGAUUUUUAAGUGGGUUCAGCAAUGCAGUUGUAAACCUGUCGCGAAGAAAAUAGGUUUAUCGUUUCAAAAGGAGAAACUUGAUUGCGUUCAUCGGACCCUUUGCAGCGUGUGUCCGGAGUCAGGCGUAUUAAAGCCGAACAAACGAACUAUAAUUACUAUAACGGUACGUUACACGUCGAUUGGAAAAUCGGAGAUAUCUUGGGAUCUGGAUGUAGGACACGAUCGUCACGUUACUUUAAAUAUGCUAAUCGACUGCUUGUCCGAAUCCGAACAGCAGCACGUCUUCCUAAACACCACGCACGUGAAGUUCGGACGAAUUUAUUUCGGGAACAAAGCAGCAAUCCAUAAAACACUUUGGAUACGCAACGUUACGAGUCACGAUUUGCCAUAUUUCGUGAACAUGGACAAUAUCUGCAAACUGAACGAGGAUUAUAAUUGCCAAAUAUUUGCCUGUUCGCCUCAAAAUGGUACCGCGGAGGCUUACACGAGUAAAUGUCUUCUUCUAAAAUUUCAACCCAGAAUGUCUGGGGCGUACAAGGUGGUGCUGCCAAUAACAUUGGGCAAUAAAAAUACCGAAUUAAUACUGGAGGGAGAAUCAUCCUGCGACUUUAGAUCGACGAUCAUUGGAAAUACGAUACCGAGUAAUUGCGCUUGUAAAGGUGCAGUGUUCCCUCUGUACUUCAGCACGGAUUGCAUCGAUAUGUGGUCGAUACCUACCCAUAACUUUAUCGUGAAAAUGCUUUUAGUUUAUAACAAUCUACCACACGACGCGCUUGCUUAUACGUGGAAGAGCGAAACGGUGCCCGAAAUACUUUCCGUCGAGGUAUUUCCUCGCAAAGGUAUAGUAUGUCCAAAUGCAGUGCAGAGUUUCAAGGUGAAAAUUCGCACCAACGGACAUUCGUGCAGAGUCGAUGUCAACAUAAUUUGCGAGUUUUUUAACGCUGGUAAAAGGCGUGACUAUCAAAGAAGCGUCAUCAAGCACAAUAUUCUUAAAAAAGAACUGGAGGGACAGUUUAUCAUCACUGAAAAAGGCAUUACAGUGCCAAAACCCUGGAUAAAAAUACUAGACAAACCGGAAAUAUUUUGUAAAUCGUUAAGUUUACGGUGCUCUAUAUAUCCCGUGGAGGAUGAAUGUUUGAGAGUCAGUUUAGCAGAUGAAUUAAAAGCCGCGCCGUCGCUUGCGAUUUUUUUAAAUAAAAGCGGAAGCUGUAAAGUUACGAUGGAAGAAAAUGAGCUUUCUAUAACUAAGUUUAUUUUGGAAGGUUUAUUAUGGGAUAUCGUUACCAGUAAACGAUUUAAGAGAACCGUCGAAGAAAGUUUAAUACCUCGAAGAAAUAUAUAUUAUUCGCAGAUGACGAUGAAUCUUUCCGAUCGUAAGAGAUUAAUACGGAGAUCUUACGUAUCGCCGCCAUUGGCGUUCGUUAACUCUAUAUUAGACAAAAUGUUGUAUGUCAUAGUACACGAAGAAUUCUCUUUAGAAACUGCGCAUUUAAUUCCCGAAGAAGAUGUCAGACACGAUAAUUAUAUUAAGACUAUACCCAAACAAGUCAAAGUUCAUAUUGAACAAGGUAAUAAUCCGCUUGAAAAAGAGGAAGCACAUUAUAGGAAAAUGGGAUCUAAGGUGUCUUUUGUAGAUUGAUCAUAGAAAAUAAUUUUAUUUAUAU